UGACAGAAAGAGGCAGAUGUAAUAUACUUAGCAAAAGUCGCUCAGUGAUUCUCAGGGACACCAAGAAAAAAUGGGCAGCAAUUGUUUUAAUAAUGGGGGGUUACAUCCGCUCACAUUUAUUGCUGUUUCCCUCUUGUAUUUGUGAGGUUUCCAUCAAAAUCACAAGCUGCUCAGAGCUCAUACGCAGAAUUAAGAGGAUGCCAAGGCAGAAAACCGAUUUCACUUUCGUUUUUCCACUGCGAGGUUUCCCUUCUGGACGAAAAGCUAGCGGCAACAAUUUUCGCCUGGACAGAUGGAGCGACGUGAAGCUACGCCGGGUGCAGGCUGUAGUACCUGGCAACCAGAAAUGGAGAUACCAUGUCCAAAGAAAAUUCAGGUCCUGAAUGUUCCCACGAUCUUUCCUGAGCAGAAGACAGUGAAUAAACUGACCAUGCAUUUCCAGAAGCGAACCAAUGGAGGAGGUGAAGUGCUGGAUGUGAAAUAUCCAACUAGUGUGGAAGGAUGUGCGUUCGUCAUGUUUGUGAAAGAGGAAGAUGCGAAUAAUGUCCUGAAGCAUGAACAAAAACUGAUGAUAGAUAAAGAGGAGUACACACUGAAGGUAUGCGAGGUGGGAAGUGGAGAGAAUGCCACUGAUAAAGUACAGGUGAUAGAGUUUGUGAUUGCAAAACUGGACACAGGCCGCUUUCCCACAGGGAUGGUUCACAACUUAAUCCGCAAACACAAAUUUGAAAUUGUGAGUUACCAUGGGUCCGUUGCUAAGAUCAAAGGCACUUUCUCCUCUUUAAAAGAACUUCGGGAAAUCCUUAUGAAAUACUAUGAAUAUCUUCAAACAGUAACUCCAGUGACUGAUUCUGGGCAAUCGACUGACAGCAGGGAGCUCUAAAGAGAUCUUGGUACGUCUCUGCCACCUGGACGUUUUCAGUAAUUACAGGUAACUACAGUAGGCUCUAGUACAAGCUUGGAUUCGUUAACACCCAGAGAGGUUGGUGAAUACUGCAUUUGCCAUAUCACCUGAAAUUUAAAGUCAAACAAUACAAUUCUGGGUAAUCUUUUUCCUAAAAGCAACAUUUUCCCUUAACUUUGGUUUCAUCCUCAUCUGAUAAUUGAUUUAUUAUUAUCACAUGUACCAAGAUACAGUGAAAAGUUAAGCCCAAUUUAUACUUCUGCAUCAAAUGUACGCCGUAGGGUGAUGUGUACCUCCCCAAAAAUGUAACUCACACGUCGCAGCGACGCAGAUCGCAACAACUGCGAUUGGUCCGCUUGGUAGCAUCGCAAUUCCUCCUACGCAUUUCCGGUUGCUUCUCUCCGCCAUGUCUGUACACUGAUGCGAAAUAAGUGGUUGGAGACGAUGAACCAAAUCAUCAAAUCUACCUGCCGACAUCCGAAAAUAUUUGAAAUGCAUUUCCUCGUCCAUGUCUCUCACGAAGAAUCUCAACACAGUGGCAUAGAAACCCCACCGCCAAAUAGCGUUUUGGUGGUGAAUUGCAGAGUGACGCAGACACAACUAUGCAUGCUCGCUAUGGCGUAGGGCUACAUAAAAGUAUAAAUCAGGCCUACGGCAUAGGCUACGGUGUAGCCCGUAUGAACAAGUAUAAAUUAGCCUUUAGUCUAUACAGAUCAAAUCACAGGACAUAGAACUAGAACAACUUAAAACAAUAUCAAUGCAGAAUAAAGUGUAAAAGCUACUGAAAAAGGGCACUGCAAGUACACGAUAAAGUGCAAGAUCCUGACGAAGGGUCUUGGCCUGAAACGUCGACUGCACCUCUUCCUACAGAUGCUGCUUGGCCUGCUGCGUUCACCAGCAACUUUGAUGUGUGUUGCUUGAAAUUCCAGCAUCUGCAGAAUUCCUGUUGUUUUUGUUCAAGAUCAUAAUGUGGUAGAUUGUGACUGUUGCAUGGAGUCCAUUUGUCAAAUUUGAAAGUUCAAUGUAAAUUUACUACCAAAAUACAUAUACAGUAGUGCAAGGUUAAAAGAUUACUUUUUUUUCCAAUGUUUCCAUUUAAUUCCAUUUUCCCAAUAGUGCAAUACAUACUGUACAGUAUUUUACCUGUAUACUACCUUGAGAUUCAUUUUCUUGCAGGCAUUUACAGGAAGAAAUAUAAUAUAGCAUUUACAAUAAACAAUAACUGUCAAACAACCUAUGUUAAAAAGAAGACAAACUGUGCCAACAAAAAAAAAUAUUGAGAACAUGAAUUGUAAAGAGAGCUUGGAAAGUGAGACCGUAGGUCUGUGGAUUGUAGAAUCAGUUCAGAGUAGUGGUGAUUGAAGUUAUUCAUGCCAGUUCAGGAGCCUGAUGGUUUUAGGGUAAUAACUGUUGCUGAACCUGGUAAUGUGGGACUUAAGGCUUCUGUACCUUCUUCCCGAUGGUGGUAGUGAGUAGAGGGCAUGGCCUAAAUUCAAGAGUCUGGUAAUGGUGGGAGAGAAGCUGUCCUUGAGCUUGAUGGCAUGCACUUGCAGGCAUUUUUUGUACCAGUAACUAAUGUCAACAGGACUGGGAAUGUACUUUCAGAGGCAUUUGUGAUCUUCAGAGUGCAAGGGAUAAAGCAGCCUUUCUGAUAGUAGCAGCAAUCUGUCUUAAAGUGGAUAAAGAAGUCCAUAAAUAAAUUCUCAUCUGGCCCAGUUGUUCAUUCCGAAGUGCACAAAGGUUUGAGGCAGACGUGUACAAAUAUGUAUACAAGGGCUUGGGCUGCUUGAUGUGUCAUUUCAGAGUGUUUAAUGAUUGGAAAAGAGGUGUAAAGUUGGAUCAUGAGAGGGUCAUAAGUUUGGGUGGAGUGGAUGUAGGCUGGAGGUUGGUAGUGUGAAGGAAAUUGUAUUAUCCUGUAGGAAUGAUGGUUAUCCCUGUACGUUAAAGGGCUGCUACUCAAGUCAGUUCCCACUGCUGCUUGAGAUCUACUCAUGGAGGUCCCCUUCAGUCAUACAAAAACCAGUGGCAAAUGUUGUGAAGCUUUGCUGCUACGGAAGUGAGGUGCAAACCACUCCAUCUUAAGCAAAAAUCCUGGAGAUGGUCUCCAGAUGUGUUGUACACAUCUUUGAAUGAUACCAACUUUGGCUGGGCUUUUGACUUUUGUGCAACAGACACACCAAGGAACUUGGAGUUAAAAUUUGUAACUUUGUCACCCCACUACAGGAAGGAUGUGAAGGCUUUGGAGAGCUGGCGGUAGAGGUUCACCAAGAGGCUGCCUGGAUUAUAGUAUUAGCUAUAAGUAUAGGUUGUAUAAACUUGAGUUUUUUUUUCUAGAUUGUUGGAGGCUAAGAGACAAUUUGAUAAAGGUUUAUAAAAUUAUGAGAAGUGUAUAUAGAAUAGAUAGCCAGAGUCUUUUUCCCAGGCAAAAAUAUGAAAUACCAGAGGAUAUCAUCUGUGUGCACCCCACCCCAACUCAUGAAGUUCCACCUAUCACUUACCAACCUCUGUUGCACCCUUACCUUUCACUACUUUAAAUUGGCUAUCUUCUCGCUGCACUCUCAGUCGUGAUGCAAGGUCUUGACCUGAAAAGCCAGCCAUCCCUUUGUCUCCACAAAUGUUGCUGAGAUCCUCCAGCAGUUUAUUUUAUGUGCGGUGAUCCAGCGGGAGCCAGGCAGAGAUCUUAAUGAGGGGCUGACGGUUGAAGAGGAUCCGCUGGAUGUAUUGUGUCUUCCGCAUUGAUGAUCUUGGAGCAGACUGUCUGAAUUUCAGAUUAUAUUUCUUCACAGUAAAAGAAAAGCAACUGCUAUAGUUACCUGCUCUGUCUACAGAAAUGCUUUGUGACUUCAAAAAUAUGCUAUCACCCAAGCUGUCUGAAGCAGUCUUCAUGAGAUCUGAAGGAGCCUGAAGGGAAAGUAAUAAUGAUUAUGUCUUGAUACUCUCACUACCAGGCAAUGGAAUUCUAAAAAUGAAACAAAUCCUAUAUUUCAAUAUCUGUGCAUAUGUAUAAUUACCUAUGAAUAAUAAAAACAUAAAAAUUAAGAUUGUUUUGAAAGACAAAUUUUUGUUGAAGUGUUUAGAACCAUUUUCUUGAACCACUGCACACCUGGCAACAUUAAUCCUCUUGUACCAUGGAGACACAAGAGACUGCAGAUGCUGGAAAUCUGGAGCAACACACAAAAAAUGCUGAGGGAUCUCAACAGGUCAGGCAGCAUCUAUGGAGGGAAAUGAACAGCCGAGGUUUCUGAUGAAGGGUCUCGGCCUGAAAUGCUGACUGCUCCUUUCCCUUCAUAGAUGCUGCCUGAGCUGCUGAGUUCCUCCAGCAUCUUAUGUUGGAUCCCUUAGCACCACCGGACAAGGUGUUUGACGACGCCAAAGCUCUUGGCAAUAGGAUAAAAUGGUUCAUCUGGUUGCUUUGCGAUCUAUUUCCAGAUCUUUCAAUUAGGAUCACACAUGUGAUCACACUAUUAAUCAAUAAAAUUGCUUCCCUCUUUUUUUUUAAAGAGGCACAUGCAAAAAACUCCAACUAGAUAUAAAGAUGUGUCUCUCUCUCAAAGUUAAACAUAACAAUAAAAGUAAUGAUACAUAGAGAUUGGGAUUAACGUGCACAAAAAACAAACAAACAAAGCUUGGGCUGUCAUAUUACCUGGGCUAAAAUUACUUGUCGUUAACUCUGCUCCUCUAUACAUGAACAAAAAAAAAUACUAGAAAGGAUUCAGAAAGGGUCAACUUACAUCGUAUGAAAAUAUUGAAUAAAUGGCCUCCAAGUUUCUUCAAAUUUAACGGAAGGAUCCAUAGUACCACUCCUAAUUUUUUCCAAGUUUAGGCAUGCUAUUGUUUGGGAAAACCAUUGAAAUGUAGUGGGGGAAUUAGAAUCUUUCCAUUUAAAUAAAAUGGAUCUUCUGGCUAUUAAUGUAACAAAUGCAAUUAGACGACAAGCUGACAUGGAUAAAUGACUAGCAUCUAUCACUGGUAGUCCAAAAUUUGCAGUAAUAGGAUGAGGUUGUAAAUCAAUACGCAGAACUGCUGAAAUAAUAUCAAAAAUAUCUUUCCAAUAUUUUUCUAAAAGAGGGCAAGACCAGAACAUGUGUCAAGGAAGCUACCUGAGAAUUACAUCUAUCACAAAUAGGAUUUAUGUGGCAAUAAAAACGAGCUAACUUAUCCUUGGACAUGUGAGCCUCGUGAACCAGUGUAAACUGUAUCAAGGCGUGUCCGGCACACUUUGAAGAAGUAUUGACUAAUUGAAGAAUUUUUUCCCAUUUCUCUGUAGAUAAAGAUAUUUGGAGUUCUCUUUCCCACUCAUACUUAAUUUUAUCAGAUGUACCUAGACAUAUUUUCGUAAUCAGAUCAUAAAUAAUUGCUAUUAGACUC